AUGUCCUCGCCAUCUACAGAGGCUAAAGCGCCUCCAGCCGGCCCAACGGAACCCCUGCCCAAAUAUGUACAACUCCCUGAGCUCUCCCCAGACAUCUGGCGCGUCAUAGCCUCCACUCUCGACGUCAGUCAGCUCACGAAUCUCUCGCAAUCCUGCAAGCAGUUUCACCAAGCCAUCGUCGCCGACGAAGUCUUUGAACAUUUCUGUUUGCGAAAGUAUGGAAACUCGUCCCCGCCGGCCUCCGUCGUGCAGGGCAUAUCGUGGCCCAAUCUUUACCGACGCUCCUGUGCCAUUCGCCUUCCCCCAUCAACAGUCAGAAAUGUCCCGCGCUUUGAUUGUCGCGCCCGUAUCCUUGCUACUGUAGCCGAUUCCAUAGUGCUUUUCUUUCAAAACGAGGGAAAGAUUCGAGGCUUCCCCGUCGGCUGGGAGCGAGACGUGUCUGAUUUAUGUGACGAUCCAGAGGAAGUCAUCGCAUGUUGCGUCCAGGUUCCGUCCUUGGGCCUGGGAUUUCUACAGUCAAAGGCUGGCGGUACGGGCUUUGUGGAUCAAGAGUUUUGGUCCAAAUUCAAGACCAUCGAUGCCGUGUCUGGCGAGCUGCUCCAUGAGAUAGAAAUUCCAGUGGGGAGGAAGGGUCUCACGCAUGCGCGCAUGGAAUAUUGCGUGUGCUACCCGAAAGCCAUAUACCUCGCUGGUCGCAAUGGGCAGUUCUUGGCUUACUUUGUCGACGGUGGCGAUGUGUUGCGCGUAGUAGACCGUCUUACAGGUGAAGAGGUCAGCAAUUACUCAGUCACAGAUGGCGCAUUCGGGCGCUUGUUUAGAGCAGUCUUCCCAGAGACGGGCGGCUUCACCGUGGCGGGGGUGGUAUAUGUCAAUGAUGUCGUCGGCGGAACAGGCAAACGAAAAUGUGCUAUUCUCUUGUUCGAUGAGGACCCCGAAGCAAUGAACGAGUUUUUCAUCGAUGAUGGGGAGGAACUUAUCGACGUUGUGAAAGGGCACCUCCCCAAGGUGUUGGCGUACCGUGUCACAAAAGAUCGCAAGACGCUCACUGUGUGGAGAGUUGAAGUGAGCUGUCAGGAAGAACAACAGAGCGAUGUGCUCGUGGAUAUGGAAAGACGUUGGCCCAUUCGUAUAGCGACUGUAGAUGAUGGAUCACUGGUGAUGGCAUCAGAAGAGUUCAGCAUGUCUCCCAACGGGCGACAAAUCUUCAUCGUCCCGAAGGGUAUUCGCAGCAACGCUGGGGUAGAUCUCGCUCGACGUGUGUUUCGAGCUACGUUCAGUCCAGAUGGGACGAUGGCAUCUACUGAGUCAGUGCUGCAAGGAUUUGACCCCCCCGAAACAGGGUGGAGCUGGACAGCGAUUUGUAUGGAAAACCGGAUGCUGGUGGUGUGUGCACAGUCGGCUGGAUUGAUCGCGCUGUUCAACUUGGAACAUGGAGAACGUCUGUGGUCAUUGGAAUGUAGUGAACCGCUGUGGGACAUGGCGUUAGUCGGGGAGCACUCUCUGGUGGGCAUCGGGGCCAACUCUGGGCAGAUCUAUGCGUGGCAUUUCGAUGCAUUCUGCAAGAAGCCUCAGAAAAUGCGUUGUGAAGAGAGCUGGGCAGUCGGCAAAUGUGUGCCACUAUUCCCGAACGAGAACGAUUCGGAAGGCAGCUCUUCAUCGGAAAGCCCCAAGGAGGAGGCCGCAACGUUGGUUGAAAAAGACUCAGAAUAGGGCGCCGAUGGUAUGCAUACGGCGGGACGUCGCGUUGUCAAGCAAACCAAAUAAUGUUGUGCGCGCGGACGGACCUGUCUUACAUCCGCCGUGACGGAAGAAAAGGUGUGGAUCAUGACACAAGCCUGAGUGGCUUUGAUAGUUGCAAGCGGGGUCCGACUAUGAUACUUCCACACCAAUCGUGGUCAAACGAGGAAGCUUUUGAAAUUUUGAUGGCAAUUCUGCUGUGCUGUAUCUCGGCUUUCUUUGCAACUUUAUCGAACGGUCGGGUGAAACGAGCAACGACGGUGAAGUUUGCAACGCGAUUGCCACGAUGGUAUGCGGAAAGCACACGCGUCCAAGUCUUCAUAGAGGAUUCAGCAUUUUACAAGGACUUUCGAAGGAUCUUCCGGUCCACGGUGCGCGGUGAGGGAGCAUGUGCGACGCUCUGUAAAGAAGUUUAUAAGAUGGGCAGGAAUUGGUCAUCUCGUUUGCACCCAAGGCACAAACGUGGCGAGACAGGGUGGACGAGGUCUUAUAUGAAGAAUCCUCUAACCUGUUGAUCUGCCAGGUGACGCAUUGUGAUUGGAUGUACCAUGACGACAUUCCCAAAACAGCAUUGUGAUUCGCGGAGCACAUCUUCUCUUCGUUAAUGCGGCAACGCAGUCGAGUAUUUUUAUCCGAACAAGCUCGUGCCAACGGCCCACCAUCUAGUUGACGGCUUUCCUUAGUCAGAAUGCUGUAUAUAUAUAUAUAGAUAUAUAGACCAAGGUUAAUUGCCGCGAUCAGGUGUACUGCUGCAAUACCGUACAGCAAUAGAAAGAGUAACGUCCCCGCCCCC